GAAGGUGGGGAGGGAGAGGCGGAGGCGGGUACGGAUUGAAUAGAGCAAAGCCUAUACAGGGUUCUCAACAAACCUCUACAAGGACAGGACAGAUGAGGAGAGAUGACAAGUGAGAAUCACGCAACAGUGAAGGUGGACACCUCUAUGGUGAUGUCUCCCACAGGCUCUGUCACACAGGGGUCUCCUGUCUCACCUUCAACCAGCAAACCAAUGCCAGAGUUGCCAGACGAACUCGUCCAGGCAGGCUGGUCAAAAUGCUGGAGCAAGCGGGAGAACAGGCCCUACUGGUUCAACCGCUUCACCAAUCAGUCGCUGUGGGAGAUGCCAGUCCUGGGGCAGCAUGAUGUCAUUUCUGACCCGCUGGGUUUGAACGCUGCCCCGGCCGAGGGGACGGGCGACGCCGGCGUGGGCAACGGGAAGCGCAAGAGACGCAUGUCGGAGGAGGCCGCACAGGGGGGUCCUAACAGCUUCAAGAGGUCCAAGAUUGAGGUUGGUAUACCUGUAACCCCAACAACCCCGAUAGUUCCCAUCUCACCCAUUACCCCCGGGGCUAAGCCUUGGAACUCUACCACAGGCACAGAAGACAAGCCAGGGCAGCAUUCUAUACCCGCACCAGCCCCAUACCGUCCCAGCGUAAUAUACUGGGACCUGGAUGUUCAGACGAACGCAGUGAUCAGAGAGAGACCCCCUGCCAACCAUCUACCGCCCCACCCGGAGAUGGAGCUCCAACGUGCCCAGCUCACCACCAAGCUACGGCAGCACUACCACGAGCUCUGCUACCAACGAGAAGGUAUCGAGCCCCCGCGGGAGUCCUUCAACCGCUGGCUGCUGGAGCGCAAGGUGCUGGACAAAGGGCCAGACCCCCUACUGCCCAGCGAGUGUGACCCCAUCAUCUCCCCGUCCAUGUUCAGAGAGGUCAUGAACGACAUCCCCAUCAGGUUGUCCCGCAUCAAGUACAAAGAGGAGGCCCGAAAGCUCUUAUUCAAAUACGCCGAAGCUGCCAAGAAAAUGAUUGACUCGAGAAACGCCACACCAGACAGCCGAAAGGUUGUGAAAUGGAAUGCAGAGGACACCAUGAACUGGUUACGGAGGGACCACUCGGCCAGUAAAGAGGACUACAUGGAUCGUCUGGAGCACUUGCGUAAACAGUGCGGUCCCCACGUAGCAGCAGUGGCUAAAGACUCUGUGGAGGGGAUCUGUACGAAGAUCUACCACAUCUCAGCAGAGUACGUGCGACGCAUUCACCAGGCCCACCAGACGUUGCUGAAGGACUGCAACGUGUCGGACCCAGAGGCAGCAGAUGUGCAGGACAGGCUGGUAUACUGCUACCCCAUUCGGCUGGCCUUGCCCUCGCCGGCUCAGCCGCGCGUGGAGCUGCACUUUGAGAACGACAUCGCCUGCCUGCGCUACAAGGGAGAGAUGGUCAAGGUCAACCGCAGCUACUUCACCAAGCUAGAGCUAUUAUACCGAUACAGCUCCAUCGACGAUCCCAGGUUCGAGAAGUUCCUGUCACGAGUGUGGUGCCUUAUCAAGAGAUACCUGGUGAUGUUUGGUGCCGGGGUGAAUGAGGGGACGGGCUUACAGGGGGCUCUCCCUGUGCCCGUCUUUGAGGCCCUCAACAAGCAGUUCGGGGUGACCUUUGAGUGUUUCGCCUCGCCACUCAACUCCUACUUCAAGCAGUUUUGCUCUGCCUUCCCCGACACAGAUGGCUUUUUCGGAUCCAGGGGGCCCUUUCUGAACUUCUCACCAGCCAGUGGGUCAUUUGAGGCCAACCCUCCCUUCAGUGAGGAGUUCAUGGAUGCCAUGGUGACACACUUUGAGAAACUGCUGGAGAAGUCCAGCGAGCCUCUGUCCUUCAUCAUCUUCGUCCCGGAGUGGCGAGAUCCGCUGACCCCGGCCCUCCACCGCAUGGAGACCAGCGCCUUCCUCCGCCACCAGAUGUCGGUGCCCGCCUUCGAGCAUGAGUACCGCAGCGGCUCGCAGCACAUCUGCAAGAAGGAGGAGAUGUACUACAAGGCCGUCCACGGCACGGUGGUCAUCUUCCUGCAGAAUGCCGCCGGCUUUGCCAAGUGGGAGCCCACACCGGAGCGCAUCCAGGAGCUGCUGGCAGCCUACCAGGUCUCCAGGCGAGCCUUGGGCUCCCCAGGUCCCUCCUCCGCUCCCACUACGCUCUCCCCGGCCAGUGCAGGGGGGUCAGGCGACAAAGACUCUAUUGCCUCCAAAACGGCACCCGAACGAUCAGCCAGUUUGAACACAUCACCCGCUCGCCAGGACAACAGCAGUAGUAGUAAUCCUGUGGAAAAGACUACACCACCUUCCGAAACAGCCAGCGUUUAAAAGCAGGGUGGGGGACGUAGGUGAGGAUAG